AUGCGAGAAUUGACGGAUAUGUCGUUGAGGACAUCGAGAUCAUCGAUCGUGAGGCCGGUACACGUGGCGACGACGCGUCGACCCAGUUCCGCGAUUCCUCGACUAGCCCAGAUGAAAAUGAGCCUCGAUGACGAAACCCGUGAAGCCUCGAACGACAAUUCCUCGAUAGCAUCAUCGGCUCAAACGAUGAACGUCUAUCUGAGGAUCAAGCCCCAAUUGACAAAAUUGAAGAGAGUUAAAAAAGUGCAGGAUGACACUUACACCGUGACCGAUUCAACGACGCUGUUGACUAAAUUUCCGUCUUUGGAGGGCAGCACGAGUUGUGCCAAAAAGUUGAAAUCCCCGGAAGCGACGAGUCGGUUGUUCCGGUUUACUCAAAUUUUCGGUCCUUCCAGUACGCAGUCAGAAAUAUUUGAAGAGCUCGCGAAGCAGCGAGUUUCUGACUUUCUCAGUGGACAGAGUUUCACCCUGAUGACUUACGGCACCACGAAUUCCGGUAAAACGUACACGCUCCACGGGAAUAGAGAAUCACCUGGAAUUUUACCGCGCAGCAUUGAAUUUGUGUUUUCCGGUGUUAAUUGUACCCUCACGCCUUGGUACAAGCCAGCCAACGUCUCCGAAGUUAUCGCUCUGAGCGAAGCGGCACGGUCCCACGAAAACGAAGCCCGAGAAAAUUUGCUCUCCUCGCGAUCGAUGGACAAAUCGAUCUGCGAGGAGGCGUACUCGUCGUUGGAAAAUUCGACGAAGAACGACAGAGAGUGUGGCCAAAAAUGUGAAACCAUGUGCUCCGUCUGGCUUUCGUUCGUUGAGAUUUACAAUGACAAUAUUUACGAUCUUCUGGGUACUGAUGAGACCCGAACGAAGCUCACACCCCUGAGACUCGUCGUGGACAAACAAGGUCACCCGUUCAUUCAAGGUUCACGAGUAAUUUGCGCGACAACGGGUCUCGAGGCUUACCGCGUGAUGAUGGCCGGUCGGUCGAGAUUGACGGUCGGUUCGACGCCCUCGACUCCUUCGAGCUCCAGGUCGCACUCGAUCUUCACGAUGACGCUAUUGAAAUACACGAAGGAGCGCGCUCCCGAGGAGGUCGAAAUGACGACGAUGACUUUCUGCGAUUUGGCGGGAACGGGGAGAAGCCGGAAGUCGUCGACGGCCGGAUACGAGCUCAAAGAGGCGAAGAACAUCAACACCAGUCUGCUGGUGCUCGGCAGGUGUCUUCAGGGUGUUUCGGAUUCUCGGAGCACGAGACAGAGCGUCGAAGUGAUCGGUCCGUUUCGAGAAUCGAAGCUCACGAGACUCUUCCAACGAGGCAUUUCGGGAAAGGACAAUUUGUGCUUCCUCGUGAACAUCGAUUCCUCGCCGGAUCUUUACGUCGAAACCCAAGCCGUUCUCACGUUUGCCUCGAUGGCUAAGAGGGUAGUGAUGGACACAGGAAAAGACGGAAAGUCAAUGUGCGCCGGUGAAAUUUCCAGCACGAAAGAUUCGCUGCCUCAGGAGUGCGCGAGACCGUCGGCCGCUGUCCUUCUCGAGACUUCCGAACGACGAGAAAUUUCUUCGACUCCUGAAUUCGAACAGCUCAAGGAGCUGAACGCCACUCUGACGAAGGAAAUCAGCAUCUUGCGGGAAGCAGCUCUGAACAGGGAAUACGAGAUCCGUCAAGAAAUGGCUAGUCUUUAUGGCAAUAUAAUCAAAGAUAUCGAGGCCAACUGGCAAAAACGAAUAAAAAACGUCGAGGAGGAGCAAGACGAUACGCUGAAGUGGUCCGUCAAACAGGUAGAAAUCUUCUAUAACGAGAGAAUUGAGAGUUUAAUGAAGGGAAAGAGACGCCGCACUUCCGGAGGCGAUCAGCUUCACGACAGCAAGGAGCUCUACGAGGAACUGGAAGCUGAAAACAACCAGAUAACCGCCACAGUCGUCGCUCUCAGGCAGACCGUCAAACAAUUGAAGGAAGAACUAGAAACAUUGGGCACCGACAAAAAUAAGUGCGUCUUCGAGCUCUCCUUGGUCAAGGACGUCGUCAAACAAGUCCGACGAUUGUUGGAUGAAGAGACUGGCGAAAAAAUCAUUAUGAGUGACGAAAACAUCGCUGAAGUUGUCAACGAUCUGAGGCUUUUGAUAAGUGACAAAAAUAAAACCAUUUCAAGCUUGAAAAAACGCUUGGAAGCAGCCAAAAAAGCGUCGAUCGAAGUAACGCGAGAUUCAAUCGAUAACAAAAAAAUCGUCGAUCCUGACCACCAGCAAAUGACGAAAGAAACGAUCUUGAGAUCGUUGACCAAAGAAGAGCUCGAGCACGAACUGUGCACCAGAUUUGGCGGAAUCAAUACUGACAAACGAUCCAUAGGUAUUCAAGUUCUCGAAGAAUUUCUUGCGGCAGAGGAGAAAGAAGAGAUCGACGCAAAAUUCUCUUCCUCGACGUUCAAGAAAGAAAGCAGCCAUUUUUUCCUAUCUUCUUCAACGAGGUAUUCGAUCACCGAGACAGAAACCUCGAUCCUGGAUGAGGAAACAACGGGGACCAUAAACUCGACGAUUUCCUUGCAUUCUCCGUACCAGAAAGGCGAGUCGUUGAAAAACUUGCACAACAGCUUUUUGGAGACGAUCGAGAACGUUUUUCGCUCGAGUGGCGGCGGCGAGUCUUGCUCGAAAGACGAUUCGGGAAUAGGCGUGAGCAAUAUCAUAUCGUCGAGCACGGAAAACAGUCUGAGUACUUCGACCGACGAGAAAUCGAGUCAGACGAAUUUUGAGAGCUUUGAAAAAAGCAAGAAAAUUAACAGCGAGUCCGUUCAACACCGCGUGGAACAGUUAAAAAUUGAUUAUACGAAACUCAAGUCUGAACAUCUCCACGAGACUCUUCGUGUCACCGAGUUAUCCCAAGAGCUCGAAUCGAUACAACUCUCUCUGAGCGAGCUCAAGGAAAGCACGCGUCAGAACGAGCUCAAAUUUCACGAAUAUCAAGAGAAAUUAUUGUCGCGUGAGAAUGAUCUGUCGAACCUCGGACGAGUAAAGUUCGAAAUGGAGAAACAGCUGGAGCUACGUGCCAUCGCUUACGAGGAUAAAAUUCUGAAACUUAGCGACGAGCUGAAAGUUCGCGAGAGCAACGAAAAUCGGGCUUUCGAGUGUCUCGAGGAGUGUCAAGAAAAAAAUUCGAUACUCGAGAGUCAGCUGUUAGUGGCACAUGGAAAAAUGGAAAAAAAUUCAUUGAAAUGUUACGCCGAACACGUAUCGAAGAUCAAGGAUUUGGAGAGAGAAUUGUCGGAGAAGAGCCAGCGAGUGAACGAGCUCAAUGAAAAAUUGUCACGGUUCGAAAAGGAUUUGGACCGCGUGUACGAGCUGAGCGAGAGGGUGUCGAGCUUGACGAAAAUUUUCCACGAGCAUCGAGAAGAAAUGGAGGAACUGAGACGACAAUUGCUCGAAAGAUCGGCGACGCAAGUCGCCCUCGAGUGCAGAAUCAAGAAGCUGACGAGCAAAGUGCACGAGCGAGAAAAUGAAAUUUCAUCGUUGCGAAUGGAUUUGAGUAACGUUGCCAAAAUGAACAUGGAAAAUAGCGAGAAAGUACAAGAUUUGAGCAAAGAAAUAGCCGUUGCCGACGACAGACUGACGAGCGCGAAGGAGGAGAUGACGCGCUCGGAGGAAGACCGACGAAAACUCGAGAGAACAUACGUACAGGAGAUUGGAAAUCUCACAGCUAAACUUGCGGAUUUGGAGAAGAAUACGACGAUUCUCGCCCGCAUGAAAGACAACGAGGACUCACGAAUGGACGAAUUGGACACGCUUAAACUGCUGCUUCAUGAAAAAGAACGAGAAAUGAGUCUGUUCAAGAAAAAUCGCGAUAAAACUGUACGAAGAUAUGAGGCUCUCAUAAGAAAGCUUCAAGCUGACGUUGAGAUGCGAUGUGCUCGAGAGACGUCAAAGCUACGAAUUUUAUACCCCAAAAAAUCGUCAUCGAGGGAUUCUCUGCGGAGCAAAACGGAGUCACUUCACUGGCGAUCGACGCUCCGGCAGAGCGUCGAAAAAGUCAGUUCCAAGGGGGUCGUACAUACGGGAGUCCAUCGUAAAUGGGGCCGGGCGGAUUGUUGCGAUCGCAAAGGCGCUCAGAAGCAUGUGACGUGUUCGACGGUCGUCAAACGAUCGAGUUCACAGGCACUGGCUGCUUCGUCAACUUCGGUCGAAGGUUCGCGAUCGAGCGGGAGUAAAAUUUUCCCUUUUCAUUACGGUGACGGGGACGACGAUGACAUCGAGUCUUUCGAACGAGAAAUAGUCGAGACAGAAAGUCGGACAGAAUUGAACCUUGGUAUAGUCGAGUGUCGUGGCUGUGGAUGCAGGAAAGGACUCUCGCAGGCGCCUGCGACCUUUAGCUUACCGUCGACGAGCGACGACUCGAUUUCUGACAUUUGCGACGUUCCAGAAUGGAUGGAAAUCCGCAGGACCAAUGGAAGGACACACUUCCGUGUGCGAAAAGGGAACGCAAGCGCGAUGGAUGAAGCUAAGCCGAGAGUAUGA